AUGGAUUCUACGGAGUCGCCGAGCAGGUGCCCUCGUCCAACUGAACACGGGGAAAGCGACCCGAUCUGGCUCUUGUACUCUGCCACUCUUUUGGUUUGUGACGCGCUUGCUUUCCCACGAUGGGCUGCCACUUGCAUGAACACCUACAAAUCUGUUGCUCACAGACCCAACCUUGUCGUAUUUGCCGAGGCUCGAGCCACCAAAAUCGGGAUUGAGCAAGCCAUUGACUGCCAAGGCUGGAAAGGAAGUCGUUCUCUCGGCUGGCACUCUUCUGACCCUCUAGUUCUUGAGUUGAGUGGUACCGGCAACAGCAACGUCUUGCAGAAGCACAAGGUCUCCCUAAAGGUCGGUCUCCUUGGGGCUGGGGAGAACUGCCAAGCUCGUGUUUUGGUUUCGACUACAUACGAAGUAAAAAAAAAUGCUUCCGAAGUUCGAUACGGAAAGGCUCGUGACAGACCACUUACUGCUUCCCACUCCAUGCUAUCGCAUAUUGACUUGUACUUCCUUGCUAGCUCUGCCAAGGUUGUGCAUAUGCACACGUCGCUGUGGGAGUAUGUGAGGAAGGAGAUACAUAUGGUGCUUCCGAACGAGCAGUACAGGAUCGAAGAGCUAUCGCUGAGGAAGAAGAUGAGUGACGUCGAAAUGCUUCCGCAUCCAGGCAAGUAUACUAUUUGGGACUUUCCCAAGAGUCGUGCUGACCGUAUAGAUUGUCACGCCCAGCACCAAAAUACCUCGGACUCCGUUUCGCCUCCAGCUAUCGGUGCUAACUACCUAUCCAAGCAGGUAGACCGGAGCAUGCUCGUUGAGUUGGUCAUGUUUGCGGACAAGCUUGCCAAGGCCGAACCAUUGGGUACGAUACUUGUUGCCCGUCAGGGCCCCAGUCCAGAUAUCGAGUCGGACAAAGUCAUCACCAAGCGAGCCAAGGGCAAUAACCGAACUUUGCACCACCCGAUUAGAACUGCGGUGAUGGCAUCCGAUCUGCGAGUGAUGAACCCCAGUGUCAUCCCGGUGCACCUUGCCGUUCAGCUGCACCAUGCUGUCUACGGUAUUGCGGAAAGGGCAACUGACGCUAUCAAGAGUGGCUUGGGAUUCUAA